GUCCUAACCUCGCACUCGCAGUCCAGCUUUGUAAACAAUUGAACAAUUGAGUUCCUAACUUGCAAGAAGCGAAAGCUUACCGAAAAUGUUUUAAUAUAAGUCUGCCAAAUGUGUUUUACUCUUUUCUCUUUUCAUGACAAAGUUUUGAGCAAUCAGUCAAACCAUGUCCCUGUACGAUGACUUCGAAACCGUCAAGCAGAAGUCCGACCAAGUUGCAGGAUGGUCCUCAGGAAUUAAACUAUUCCAGUCUCAGCUACAGCUUAAAAAAGCAGCUCAAACUCUCCCGAAACGAGAACAAGCACGGAAAUCUGCAGCCCUUGCUCCUGUCUUUGAUCUAAAAGGCAAAAAAGAUGACGAUGAAAUGCCAAGCAGUGCUCUCUUUAGUUUGUAUCAGUAUCAAAAGGAUGAUAAACCACCCAUCACACCUCAGCGACAUAUUCCACCGGAAAUGGAUUGGGAAUGGAAUGGAGUGGAAUACGAUCCAAUGUGGCCCAAUGAUUAUGAAAAAGUUGUCAUGGAACUGCGUGAAAUUCGGGAACGAGAAAGGGAGAGAGAGGAUGAUGAAAGGAGAAAGCGGAGAGAAGAAACCAGGAUGAAGCCACUUGUCAAUGGCGAUAGCGACGAAGAAGAAGUUCCAGUUCCGCCAACACCGCAAAGAACGGGAGUUGCAAUUGCUCCUCCACCAUCGUUGCAAGAAUCAACUCCUGUCUUAGACCUACCAAAGCCUGUAGUUUCCUCUAAUCAUGGUGGAUCUGUUGCAGCCAAGAUAAUGGCGAAAUAUGGAUUCAAGGAAGGUCAAGGAUUGGGCAAGAAGGAACAAGGCAUCGCAAUGGCUCUUCAGGUGGAAAAAACGAGUAAAAGGGGCGGCCGAAUCAUCCAUGAGAAAGAUAUAAUGCCGCCUCCACCGCUAUCGCUAGCCUCUGUCAUCGACACGCCACCGAGGGCAGGCUCACCCACGUUCGUCGCUCCUCAACCUGUUAAGCCAGAACCUAGCAUAACAGAGAUAAUGAAAAGUCCGUCGAAAGUCGUCUUGUUAAGAAAUAUGGUUGGGCCAGGAGAAGUUGAUUCGGAGUUAGAACCAGAGGUAAAAGAUGAGUGCAAUACGAAGUAUGGAGAUGUAGUUCGCGUUUUAAUAUAUGAGAGGCCAGAAGUUCCCGCAGAAGAAGCUGUACGGAUUUUCGUAGAAUUUAAACGAAUAGAAUCUGCUAUCAAAGCUGUCGUUGAUCUCAAUGGGCGAUUUUUUGGUGGACGCCAAGUCAAAGCUGGGUUUUAUAACUAUGAGAAUUUUAACAAUUUAAAACUACUUGAUUGAAUUCCAAUCAAUUCAGAACUUCAAUGUAUAAAGUCAUUAAUUUAUUGGAUCACAGAAUUUGUAAAUAUGUACAUCGUGGGUGUAUACUGUUAAUCAUUCUUGGAAUAAAACACAUUUUUCUCUGAAUACAAAUAAAAA